AUUAAAAAAACGUCUAGAGUCUCCAAGUUCGUGACAUCGUCUGACGGUUGCAAAAUCUUUGCUGAAGGCGUCGGCAACCUCGAGGGUCCAACUAUCGUUUUGGUUCACGGCUUAGGAUUAUCCACAGUCGUAUUCAACAACCUUUUCAAAGACGAUCAGCUACUUGCCAAAGUUUAUCUGGUGAGAUAUGACAUGAGAAGUCAUGGCAGAAGCGGCAGACCCGUGAACCAGAGUGACUAUUCCUCCCAGAAUUUCGCAGCAGAUUUCAUGGCUGUUGUUGAGGGAUUUAACCGUCAGAAACCUUAUUUACUCGGCUGGAGUCUAGGGGGAACUGUUGCGACAGAUAUCUGCACCCACUGUCCCGCAGGCUAUGUGUCGGGCAUCAUCUACGUGUCCGCGCUUCCUUACAUCGGAGCGAUCAUGAUGGACUUGGCAAAAGACUUCCUUAAAAACCUUCGUCCAAGACUCGUUGCACAGGAUGUGGCUGAUGCGCUUCAAGCAAAAAUUGACUUUGUCAAUUCCUCAAUCAAUUAUUGUAACGCUUCGAACUGGGACGACCGCUUACUUUGGGUUGGAGCAUUCAGUCACCUGAAUGCCAACGAUAUAUUGAACGCUAUGUCGCGGCAGCAAGAUCCAGAACCGCUUUUGGCUGCGGGGAGGGAGGGAUUGAGAUUGCUUCAUCUAUACGGAGAUGCUGAUCAACAACUGGACAACGCGGUCGCCGAGGCACAAGUAAGCCAGCAUUUCAUUAGCAGGAAAGUUGUUGUCAUCAAGGGUGGAAGUCACGCGUUAUUUUAUGAAUUCCAAGACCAGGUUGUCGAGGAAGUUCUUGCGUUUGUUACCGAGUAGGUUGCAUGCCACCGCUGCGAGUUAUGGACCGUCAAAACUCCGUGCUGUAUUACUUGACAAUAGAAUGAUGCCGCUAAAGACUUGAACCGCUGUACGUCC